CUCGGUGACAACUGCUAGGCCCCAGCUGCUGCGUGUUUAUUUAUGAUAACAUGAACAUUCGAGCUUUAUGUUGAAGGGGGGAGGCACAAGAGGUAAGCUGCAAUGUCAGCAUAAAUCGGAGCUCUUAUAAACCAGCGUUCAUUCGGCAUCGCCCCCUUUCCUCCGACCUGAUUGCAAGCAGAAUGAGUUUGGAAGGCAAAGAUGCUAUUUUCUUGCAGGGCGAAGACUGCAAACCGGACUGGAGGUUAGCAAGCGCCGAGUACAAUGACAGCGACACGCAUUUACAGAUCCUGGGCAAACCGGUGAUGGAGCGCUGGGAGACUCCAUACAUGCAUUCCCUGGCUACUGUUGCAGCCUCAAAAGGAGGACGUGUUCUGGAAAUUGGAUUUGGAAUGGCAAUUGCAGCCACCAAGAUAGAGUCUUUAGACGUUGAAGAGCAUUGGAUCAUUGAAUGUAAUGAUGGUGUGUUUAAAAGACUACAGGAAUGGGCUAAAGUGCAACCCCACAAGGUUGUUCCCCUCAAGGGCCUCUGGGAAGAUGUAGUUUCCACAUUACCAGAUUCACAUUUUGACGGAAUUCUUUAUGAUACUUACCCAUUGUCAGAAGAAACCUGGCACACGCAUCAGUUUUCUUUUAUAAAGGUAAGUGCAGAGAGAAUUUGCAGUCAUCAGCAAAUGAUUAUUGCUGCCUGA